UAUAAUUAGCCCAUUGCCCAUUUGCCCCAUUGGUAUUGGUAUACCCCCAAAAAAAUAAAAAAUAAAAAAAGAAAAAAAAAUCAGUCAGACAGGAGGGAGGGUUGAAUCCUCAACAGAACUGCUGCCUGCCGAUCCAUUCAACAUUCAUCCAUCCGCUUUGGAUCACUAGCAUAAACGACUUUGAAUUAUACCGGCAAGCUCAGUAUUGUGUUUGAGUCAACGAUGGGCCUAUUCUCGUACACCGUCGCCGGCGGUGGAUUCAUAAUGAUCGGCGUUUGGGAAUCCUUCGUAUCCUCCUCCGAAACCUUGAAGGUGUCGCCACCGUCACCGUUGGAACAGCCUCAACCAGCAGACCUAAGCGCCAAAUCCACACGGAUUUCCUCCUCCGUAACAUUCGUAGCGGGUUCUGUUCUGUCGUUUCUCUUCAUUGUCAACUCGAUAAUCUCAAUCUCCGAUGCCAUCAGCUCCGAAGAUUCUAUCGGCGUGGUUCUCCAGCUGGAGGUAAUCUCGAUUUCGCUCCUUUUCCUUCUCUACUCUGUGGUCGGCUUGGUUAGCAAGACAAAAGAUUCUCCUCAAUUGCCUUGUCAAAUCCCCAAUUUGAUUUCCCUCUUUGCAUUCGCGGAGGAAUUUUUGUUAUUUUACCUUCAGAGGAAAGACCCGAGCGGGGUUGAAAAUCGUUACUAUGAUCUCUUCCUAGUGCCAAUUGCUGUUUGUGCAUUCUGUACGAUUCUGGAAUUGAAAAACCCCCAAUCGAAUCACUAUAGACUGGGCCGCGGGGUCGGGCUGACCUUACAAGGAAUGUGGAUUCUGCAAAUGGGGUUCUCAUUUUUCUCAGACAUGAUGGUUCAUGGCUGCUCAUUGCACGAGAAAAGUAGAGGUAAUUACACGGUGAAGUGCAAGGGGUCUCCUGAAUAUCAUCGAGGUCGAGCCAUUGCCACGCUUCAGUUCAAUUGCCAUCUUGCCCUGCUUGUGGCCAUUGUUUCUGGGAUUUUCUCCAUAGUUUGUAAGAAGAAUGGGAUUAAGCAGGAAAGUAGCAAGUAUAGACCGCUUGGUGCAGAGGUGCAGCAGAUGGAAAUGGGUGCUUGCUCUGCUUUUACUUUGGAUUCCGAUGAAGAUGAUGGAGAGCAUAUUAAUGGUUUGGGAAUGCAAAGGGCAGCUAAUGGCCUUCCUCCUCACCUGUGAAUAUUUUUAUUUCUCAAACCCCCCACACAUAGUAUCUCCUUCUCUUCAGUUCUGGAUUGUAUUUGUUCUUGAUACUUUUUGUUUUCCUGGUGGUGCUACCAAAUUCAUACAUUCAUUUAACUGUAUAAGCCUUUUACAAUUUCGAAUUCA